AUGAGGGAGUCGUCGUCCUCUUCGUUCGAUCCUUACUCCUGGAGGAAUUUCUAUUUCCACGUUGAUCGAGAGGAAGCAACACGGCUACUGUGUCAGCCUGAUUCUGAUCUCGGUACAUUUCUUAUCAGAGACUCAACAACUCCCGGAAGCUAUGCUUUAAGUGUCAGAGAAGAACUGUCCGGUGAUCAGCAGGUUCGACAUUAUCUCAUUGAGCCCGUUGAAGCGGAUAAUGGCAAGACAAAUGUGAAAAUAGCUGAUCAGUACUUUGUUGACAUUCCUGCCUUACUCAACCAUUUCAAAAUGAGAAUUUUGGCGAAUGUAAGUUUAGUAUGUCCACUCCGAAAAGCCGCAAUUAAUAGGAUGAUUGCUUUAUACUCAUUUGAAGGACAAGAACCAACAGAUCUUUCAUUUGAGAAAAAUGAAAUUCUUGAUAUAAUCGAAAAACCACAGGAAGAGUGGUGGGAAGCUCGUAAUGCUUUGGGUAAUGUUGGCCUUGUGCCUGGAAAUUACUUGGUGAGACUUCCAGCUAGUUUUCAUGCACAACUUGAUGAAGUUCUAAUGCAGAGAGACAGUCCAGAUUCUUCAGUAUCAGAAAAUCGUUUAAGCGGUGCAUCAGUUCUUAGUGAUACUAAUGAUGAUAUCUUGAACAAUACCCAACUUUCUGAGACGCCACACAUGCCAACACUAGCGCGUGUAAUUCUGGAUAGACGACCAAAUGUAUACGAUACAGAAGCACUACGCUUAAAGAAAGGUGAUAUGCUGAAAGUAACCAAGCUACAUCCGUCUGGUAUUUGCGAAGGAAUCUUGAACGGUAAAAGAGGUACUUUCCCGUUUACAUAUGUGGAAUUUGUGGACGAUGAAGAUGCAGCAGCAACACCUACCCCCGUAUAG